AGAUUACAGAUUUUUCCUUAGCAUAGUCAUUCCAAAAUUAUAAAAUAAUUAAAUUUAGCUCAAAAUGACGAUACAUAAUUUAUACAUCUUCGAUAAAGCUGGAACUCUUCUUUAUUAUGGCGAAUGGAAUCGAAUAAAACAAUCUGGAAUCACCAGAGAUGAGGAAGCUAAGUUAAUGUAUGGAUCUCUUUAUUCAAUAAAAUCGUUCGUAAACAAAAUAUCACCAAUUGAUUCCAAGGAAGGAUUUCUAUUUUAUAAGACCGACAAAUAUUCACUGCAUUACUUUGAAACUGCUUCCAGUUUAAGAUUUGUUAUUACCACAGAUACAUUAUCAACGGGAGUAAAGGAACUUCUACAGCAAUUAUAUGCAAAAAUAUUUGUUGAAUAUGCCGUCAGAAAUCCAUUAUGGACACCUGGAUCUCCAAUUACUAGUUUACUCUUUAAAACGAAAUUAGAUGAAUUUAUUAAAAAUUCACCAAUCUUUGGAUUAAAAAAUAUUUAAUAAAGUAUCAUUAAUUCCAA